CAAAAUUUUCAAUUUUCCAUUUUAAUUCAACGUUUUACAAAAGAAGAAGAAAAUUUUCUUCCGGUCUCUUCUCCACAUUGUCCCAUUUGCUCCUCUCGCCGGUCUUUGAUUUUGAUUUUCCGAAUCCUUCACCAAAACCCUAAACCCUUUCAAAUCCAAAUCCAAAUUCUGUUUUCAACCUUCAAUCAGUUCUCCAAUGGCUACAAAUCUUGCUUUCCGACUCCGAUCACGUCUCCUUUUGCAGUCCUCAUCUCGUUUCCGCACCACUUUUCAUCAAAUCCAAUCCCCCCACAUCCCCAAAUCUUCCCCUCUCAUCUCCUCUGCACUUUCCGAUCUUCGUCGAAUACCCGAUAACCCCAUCUUCAAUCUCUCUGGAUUUCGCUUCUUCUCAACUGCCCGGCGGAAUCUGACCCGUCCCAAGCACGUCGACAUCGGAGCUCGUGCCAGGCAACUCCAGACGCGGCGGCUCUGGACCUACGCUCUGACUUUCAGCUGCAUCGCGGGAUUCGUCGUCAUCGUUCUCAGUAAUUUUCAAGAGCAUCUGAUGUUCUAUGUGACACCCACCGAUGCGCUGGAGAAAUUCUCUGCGAAUCCCGCAAAGAACAAGUUUCGUCUCGGUGGUUUGGUACUUGAAGGCAGUGUAACGCAUCCAGCAUCGUCUUCUCAGAUGGAGUUCGUGAUAACGGAUUUGAUUACUGAUAUGUUGGUUCGACAUCAAGGGUCGCUGCCGGAUUUGUUUAGAGAGGGGCAUUCGGUGGUGGUGGAAGGUUUCCUUAAGCCAUUUACCGAUGAGAUAAGGAAUGAGAUCUCUACGAAGAGUGUUUCGGAAAAAGCGAGAAGUGAGAAAUAUUAUUUUUCGGCUAUUGAGGUUUUGGCAAAGCAUGAUGAGAAGUAUAUGCCGGCGGAGGUUGGGGCGGCAAUCGAGAAGAACAGGAAGAAGAUCGAGGAAGGAGAAUUGGGGGUGAACCACGCUUGAUUCAAUGGGUACAAUUGUUCUAAAUUAUUUUUUCCCCCUGAUAUUUGUUUCGGUAUACAUACAACAAUAUCUUUGGAGAACAUGAUGAGUUGUUGUACUCUAUAGUUAGAACUUGCUUAAUCAAAAUUCUUGUGAGGUAGUAUAUCCUUUGGGUAGGGUGAGAGCAAUUGAUUUUGUUUGAAUUUGAGGCAUCUGGUCUGACCGACAUCUCAAUUUUUUCUUGUAAUACCAAAAUCUUUGGUGAUUCCUUAUAACAUUGAAUAAAAUGAAAUUACUGAUGGAUGUUAUGUCCUUUUCUUACAA